CCCUACUCUUCCCUCGGCCAUCGAUUUUCAGCAGAAAAAUCAUCUUCGCUCCCCGCAAAUGUGCUACGUCAAGUCCAUCAAGCCCUCAGUGGCAACCCCCUCGCUCCCCAACACGGGCGCCCAGUUCGAGAAGCCGCAGGUCUCCACGCCCUCCACGGCCUCGUUCUCGCUGGCGACCCUCGACUCCUUCACCCCGAACCAGUCCCCCGACGUCUUUAGCUUCGCCGACCUCAACGACCUCAACUUUGACAAUGUCGUGCUGUCGUCCGAGGACAUCAAGAACCUCGACAGCUUCUUCAACGACCCCCUCCUCACCGAGGCCGUCAACGGCGACUUUGCCUGGCUCUCGCCCAACAACUCCGACCUCUGCCCCAACGAUGCCGCCCCUGUCGCCUCGCUCCUGGCCACGCAGGACCGGGCCGUCGUUGCCGAUGCCGGCAAGCUCGCCACCGUCGAUCUUUCCGCCCCGUCCUUGUACCCUUCCCCUCCCCUCUCGGUCAUCCCGACCACGGCCUCCAUGCCCUCGGACUCGUCGGACGAGCUUGCCUUCCCUGAGCUCAUCACGGCUUCGCACGUCAUGUCCUCUCCCGAGCUCAACCCCACCGCCAAGACCUCUUGUCUCGCUAGCAAGCGCCCGCUGAACUCGUCCGACUGCUCCCUCUCGAGCGACGAUGCCAGCUCGCUCGACCCCGUCGUCGCCAAGCGCAUCAAGAACACCGAGGCUGCUCGUCGAUCUCGCCAGCGCAAGAUCCAGCGACUCGACUCGCUCGAACACCAGGUGUCUUUGCUCGAAAACGACAAGUCCCAGCUCCAGAUCCGGCUCGCCGUCCUGGAGAACGAGCGACACUCGUGGGCUGCCCGUGAGCAGGAAUACGUCUCGAGGAUCCAGCAUCUGGAGGCUCAGCUAGCAGAAUCUCAUAGAGCCAUGAUCAACUUUGGAAUGCGAGGCGGUGCCAUCCAUCAGUAGACCGAUGUUCCCCCCCAUUCCAUAUGCAUUUGGCUGCGUUGACUGUUAGGUUGUGAUUCUUUCAUUCAUUCAUUCCCACUCUUUGCUGUUAUUUCUUUUUUCGCUCUCC